AUGGCUUCCAACGGAACUUCUGCCGACCCCACUGCCCCUCACGAGAUGGGCCCCGAGAACAACAACCAGCCGGGCCCUGCCACAGGAUCUUCCACAGGCACUACCCAUGACAACCCCGCCGCCCCCGCUCACCAGGGCAUAUCCCAGGCUGAUAACGCAGGCGAUAUGGAGGAGAAGGAGAUGAAGAAGAUUCAGAACCUCCAUGCUAAGAUUCAGGAGGAGCGUAAGGCUCAGAUCGAGGAGAAGAAGCGUGAAGAGGCCAUUUACCAGGCCGAGCAGGCAGAGAAGGAGCGCCUGCAGAAGGAGGCGCAGGCUCAGAAAGACCGGGAGCAGAAGGCUCGCCUGCAGAGAGCCAUCCAGGCCACUCCAGAGGAACGUGAAGCCUACGAGACGUCGCUGGAGUACGCUGAGACGUCUAGACGUUCUGAACGCCGUAGAGCCAAAACGCUCAGCAGCAUCAACGGCUAUCUUGAGCGCCACGGUAAAAAGCGCAGAUGA